CGUUGCAAAUAGUGUCUUGAAAAAGCAGUAGCGACCUCGAAUCUUCGGUGACGAUAACUGUGUAACAGUAUAUAGAGAAAACAUAUUAAAUCAGCCAAAAUAGGGAACAAAAUGGGUAGUAUCGAGAAAAUCGCCGAAACGGCACCUGAAGCCAUCCCUACUGUGGAUAUCAGUCCCUUUACGGACCCGAAUGCUUCCGAGGCGGCCAAGCAAGGUGUCGUAGACGCCGUGCGUCACGCUUGCACUACCUACGGUUUCUUUUACCUCGCCGGCCAUGGCGUUAGUAAAGAGAAGCGUGAUGGUAUUCUUGACUGUGCUAAGAAGUUCUUUGAUCUCCCCCAGGAGGAUCGCAUGGAGGUCUGGAUUGGAAAGUGUAUGGGAAAAUCGUUCCGUGGCUAUGAACCUCCUGGAAUUCAGACCCACCAAAAGGGGCUUCUUCCUGAUAUUAAGGAGUGCUAUGUCAUCGGCCAUGAAGUUCCUGCCGACGACCCUGAUGCCGGUACCUUCUCAACUGGUCCUAACCUAUGGCCUAAAGCCCUUAAGGAUGAGGAGUUCCGAACCCCCGCUAUGGAGUACCAGGCUACCAUGCUUGCGCUCUCCAAGGUGCUUCUGAAGCUCCUAGCCCGCGGUCUCCCUAAGAGUUGGGGACAACCCCCCGACGUUAUGGACGAGUUCGCUGUCAAUCCCUCUAUGCCUAUGAGAUUUUUACACUACGCCCCCCAAGAAGUACUUGAUGGGCGACAAUUCGGCGUGGGAGACCACACCGACUUUGGCGGCGUCACUAUUCUAUUGCAAGAGAUGAACACGAAGGGGCUUGAAGUAUGGUAUCCUCCAACGGAGACAUGGAUCCCAGUACCCCCAAAGGAGGGUACAUACGUGAUCAACAUGGGUGAUAUGAUGCAGAAAUGGACCGCGGGGUACUACCGCAGCGCCCGUCACCGGGUCAUAACCUCCGGUUCUAAUCAUCGUUACUCCGUUCCAUGGUUCCUCAACGGCCAACUCAAGCUCAAGUGCGAGACACUUGAUGGCUCUGGCGUUGAGACCAUCGUUGGUGAACAUAUCCGUCAGCGCCUUAUCGCGACCAUGCCUGAGGCCGGGAAAGCCCUUAGAUAGAUUCAUUAGCAUAAGGUGGCGUAGAGUCCGAACGGUUUCGGGGAGAUCUUCAAAGUACUCUGGUAUUCACACCGUGUAGGUGGAAUUAUCUGUAGAUUGUUACGCUAAGAAUUGUGCUUGGAUUGACAUUUGGUACAUUCUUUCAAUAUACUUAAGAAAACCCAUUUACCUACCUUGAA